ACAGGUUGCCCAGCUUCUAACAGCCAUCUUCACCAACACUGAGGUUAACUCGGAGUGCUCUAUGGACGGCUGCUCUCUCUUUCCAAGGGCGUGAAGAAUCUCCCCUUUCUCCCGUGUUUUCACCCGAAACUUCUCCUUGGAUAAUUGUCGUCUCAGAAGAAGCGAGCCUGGGUUGGACAGCCUCAUCUGGGUCGGACAGCCUCAUCUGGGUCACCUAAAAAAAAGCAAGCAUGCAAGACGACAGCAUAGAAGCAUCUACUUCCAUCUCUCAGCUUCUCAGAGAAAGCUAUCUGGCUGAAACCAGACAUCGCGGGGACAACGAGCGGAGUCGAGCAGAACCUUCCUCCAACCCUUUCCACUUCGGCAGUCCUUCCGGGGCUGCCGAAGGAGGAGGGCAAGAGGACCUUCCGGAUCUGUCGGCCUUCCUAAGCCAAGAAGAGCUGGAUGAGAGUGUCAAUCUGGCGAGGCUGGCCAUCAACCACGACCCUCUGGAGAGAGUGGAUGAAGCUCAAGCUAGGAAACGUCUGUCUUCUGACAAGACGAAGCUUUCGCCCAAACCAAGCUUCGAACCUGCCUUCUGCCAGGAUAGCCCUCGAGGUCCUGGCAGCUCAAAAGACAGUCCACCGGAGACAAAAAGACCACAGUACAGUUCUGAAAGCCAGUCCAAGAAAGUCUUCCUAAACAAGGCCGCCGACUUCAUCGAAGAGCUGUCCUCUCUUUUCAAAGCUCACAGCUCCAAGAGGAUCAGACCUCGGGCCUGCAAAAACCACAAGAGCAAGCAGGAAUCUCAAAACAAAGUCCUGCAGGAAAACAGCCCCGCUUUCUCAGAUCUGACAGAGAGGCGGGAAAGAGCAUCGGUACCCAUCCCUAUCCCUGCAGACAGCAGGGACAACGAGCUGAACCACGCGAUAGAACAGCGGGAAGCUAAGAGGCGGGAGGCUGAGUUGGCUGCGGGUGAGGCUGCUGCUGGAGACAGCACCCCGGGGUCUUCACCUUCGUCCCUGUACUACGAAGAACCUCUGGGGCAGCCUCCCCGCUUCACACAAAAGUUACGGAGCCGAGAAGUUCCGGAAGGAAGCCGAGUCCAGUUGGAUUGCAUAGUGGUAGGAAUUCCACCGCCCCAAGUAAGGUGGUAUUGUGAAGGCAAAGAGCUCGAAAAUUCCCCAGACAUCCACAUCGUGCAGGCUGGAAACCUGCACUCACUGACCAUCGCCGAAGCCUUUGAGGAGGACACAGGACGAUACUCGUGCUUUGCUUCCAACAUCUACGGGACAGACUCAACUUCUGCUGAGAUUUACAUAGAAGGAGUUUCUUCCUCUGACUCAGAAGGGGACCCUAACAAAGAAGAGAUGAAUCGAAUCCAGAAGCCAAAUGAGUUGUCAUCUCCUCCCACUACCUCUGCAGCCAUUCCUCCAGUAGCCCAAGGCCAGCCCAGAGUGUCCACCGUCCAGCAGUGUCAGAGUCCCACCAACUAUUUGCAAGGACUGGAUGGAAAGCCUAUCAUUGCGGCUCCAGUGUUUACAAAGAUGCUACAGAACCUGUCAGCCUCUGAGGGACAGCUGGUUGUCUUCGAGUGCCGGGUAAAAGGAGCCCCGUCCCCAAAAGUCGAAUGGUACCGAGAAGGAACCUUAAUAGAAGACUCUCCGGACUUCAGGAUCUUACAGAAGAAACCUCGGUCCAUGGCAGAGCCAGAGGAGAUCUGCACUUUAGUCAUUGCUGAGGUGUUUUCCGAAGAUUCCGGAUGCUUUACCUGCACCGCAAGCAACAAAUACGGCACCGUGUCCAGCAUCGCCCAGUUGGACGUGAGAGGAAAUGAAGACCUCAGUGAUAACGGGGCUCUUCACUCCACCAACUCAACGACCACCCUGGCUGUGGCUGAGCAACAGCCCUCCCCACCCAACCCAGUGCCUCGUUCUGAGGAACAGCCCCCAAAGCCCAAGCUUGAAGGGGUCCUGGUGAACCAUAACGAGCCCCGCUCCAGCUCCAGGAUCGGGCUACGGGUGCACUUCAACCUGCCCGAGGAUGACAGAGACAGCGAGGCCUCCUCUGGCAGUGGAGCGGCCAAUGCCAGCCACACGAGGCCCAACUCCUUCCCUGAGAAGCUCAACGGACAGGAAGCCAAGACCCCAGAGCCUUCCUCACCUGUCAAAGAGCCCCCUCCGGUUCUGGCUAAACCCAAACUUGACUCCACCCAGUUACAGCAGCUUCAUCACCAAGUGUUACUGGAACAGCAGCAGCUGCAAAAUGCAUCUCCUUCAUCACCGAAGGAGUCCACUUUCAACUUCAGCGCCUUGAACUCGGCUCCCCCGGCUCCCCCUGCAGUGACCAUUUCCAGCAAGCAGGUGAAGGGUCCUGCACCACAGACGUCCAGCUUGGCCCGGCCAAAGCAUUUCUUCCCCUCUGCAAGCACUUCCACGGCAGCUGUGUCCCCAUCCAGCUCCCCAGUCUUCACCCUGAGUAACACUCCUCAGACAAUCCAGAGGACGGUCAGCAAAGAAAGCCUCUUACUGUCUCACCCCUCUACACAAGGCAGAUCUCCAGGGGUGCUCUCCAUCCAAAAUGAGCCGGCUCCUCCUGGCCCUGCAGAGCCAGCAGCGCCGCCGCCGCCACCACUACCACCGCUUGCAUAUCCCACCCCCAGUGGAAACCAGUUUCAGCCUCACUGUGUGUCCCCAACUCCUGUCUCUCCUACCGGUCGGAUUCAGAACCCAGUGGCUUUCCUCAGCUCUGUCCUGCCUUCUCUCCCAUCCAUUCCACCCACCAAUGCCAUGGGGCUGCCUAAAAGCGCACCAUCCUUACCGCCCCAGGGUCUGAUGAAGAAAACCACAAAGGCUUCUCCGGCAAUGAGUGACGAUUACAUCCUGGAGACUAAGAACUCAGUGAUUCUAGACUUGGGGAAGAAAGUGAAUUUUGGAGAUCUCAGAUCACACCAGCAGGAGUAUAAAAUUUCAAGCUUUGAGCAGAGGCUGAUGAAUGAGAUAGAGUUCCGCUUGGAGCGCACGCCCGUGGACGAAUCAGAUGACGAGAUCCAGCAUGAUGAAAUCCCCACGGGCAAGUGUAUCGCACCCGUCUUCGACAAAAGACUCAAGCACUUCCGGGUGAUGGAAGGCUCUCCGGUCACCUUCACCUGCAAAAUUGUUGGGAUCCCGGUUCCAAAGGUUUAUUGGUUCAAAGAUGGGAAACAGAUCUCUAAGAGAAGUGAGCACUGCAGAAUGAGGCGAGAAGGAGACGGGACCUGCUCCCUGCACAUCGAAUCAACCAACGGUGACGAUGACGGCAACUACACCAUCAUGGCGGCCAACCCCCAGGGGAGAAUCAGCUGUUCUGGCCACUUGAUGGUGCAGAGUUUGCCCAUUCGAAACAGACUCAGCCCUGCCGGUCAGUCUCACAGGGGAAGGGCCAGAAUGCAAGAGAGAGACAAGGAGCCUCUACAGGAGCGCUUUUUCCGGCCACAUUUCCUGCAGGCCCCGGGUGACAUGGUGGCUCACGAGGGCCGUCUCUGCCGGCUGGACUGUAAGGUGAGUGGCUUACCGCCCCCAGAGCUGACGUGGCUGCUCAAUGGGCGACCCGUGCUACCAGAUGCCUCCCACAAGAUGCUGGUCAGAGAGACGGGGGUCCACUCUCUGCUCAUCGACCCGCUCACGCAACGCGACGCAGGGACCUAUACGUGCGUGGCUACCAACAAAACCGGGCAGAAUUCCUUUAGUUUGGAGCUCACCGUAGUAGCCAAAGAGGUGAAGAAAGCACCCAUGAUCCUGGAGAAACUCCAAAACAGUGGUGUUCCUGAGGGCCACCCGGUGAGACUGGAGUGUCGCGUGGUAGGCAUGCCCCCACCCGUGUUCUACUGGAAGAAAGACAACGAGACCAUCCCUUUCAGUAGAGAGAGGAUCAGCAUGCACCAGGACACAACGGGCUAUGUCUGCCUCCUCAUCCAGCCAGCCAAGAAAUCUGACGCCGGCUGGUAUACCCUGUCAGCCAAGAAUGAAGCUGGCAUUGUGUCCUGCACAGCUAGGUUGGAUAUAUAUGCUCAGUGGCACCAGCAGAUCCCGCCACCCAUGUCCAUCCGUCCCAGUGGCAGCCGCUAUGGGUCUCUCAGCAGCAAAGGGCUUGACAUCUUCUCUGCCUUCUCCUCCAUGGAAAGCACGAUGGUGUACUCCUGCACUUCUCGGAGCGUGGUGGAGAGCGAUGAACUUUAAGGAUGUCUCCGUCCCUGCUGUGUGAGAGGGUAGACUGUGGAGGGGAAGGAGGACCGAUCAUACACAGUGGUUUCCAAACAGCUGCAUU